AUGAGUCCCGCGGUCUGGUUCAUCACCGGUGCAUCCUCUGGCAUGGGCCGUGCCAUGACAGAAGUGGUGCUCGAAAACGGCGACAUCGCGGUCGCCACCCUGCGCAAGCCCGAGGUGCUCAGCGAGCUCGCAGCGCGCUACCCCAAGGACCGCCUGCUCACCGUCAAGCUCGACGUGACGCAGCCGUCCGACAUCGCCGCGGCCUUCGAGACCGCGCGCGCGGCGUUCGGGCGCAUCGACAUCGUGUUCAACAACGCGGGGUACGCGAUCCUCGGCGAGAUCGAGAGCGUCCCGGACGAUGUCGCGCGCAAGCUGUUCGAGACGAACUUCUGGGGCGCGAUGGGCGUCGCGCGGGAGGCGGUGCGCUUUUUCCGCGAGGUGAACACCACACAGGGCGGCCACUUGAUCAGCAUCACGAGCAUGCUGUCUGUCGCGACCAGUGGCGCCCUGGGCUACUACACCGCGAGCAAGCAUGCGGUCGAGGCAGGGCUUGAAUGUCUCGCAAAGGCACGCAGCGAGAUGGAUCCCAAGUGGAACAUCAAGAUCACCAAUGUCCUCCCUGGCGGCUUCGCCACGCGCGGCUCGCAGCCCGAGUCCCUCGUGCAGACGGAGCUGCACCCCGCGUACAAGGAGCAGGCGACCGUGAAGCACCUCCGCGCAUACAUCCCGAACGCGCCCCUUCCCGGCGACACGCACAAGGCGAUGCGGGCGAUCUACCACCAGAUCGCGCAGAACCCGAACCCGCCGGUGCGCGUGCCCCUCGGCAAGGACGCGAUCAUCGGCUUCCGCGCGGUCGCGAAGGGGAUGGUGGACGACGCGGACAAGAACGAGGCGCUCUCGGCGGACCUGCUGAUCGAGGGCAAGGAGCUCAUGACGCACUUGGACAAGCAGUCGAGAUCUGCGGGAGAUGAAUCGAUGAAGAUUCGUCACCCCGAGGUGCCGAGUGUUGCCAUGUUCCAUGCCGUCUAUCUGCAGCUUUGCGAGGAAGAUUGCCGCCAGGUACCCGACCCGACGCAGCGCACAAUCCUCGCGACGGCGAUCGGACGUAGGGAAGUGACAUAUGCGGAGGCUGACCAUCAUGUUUCAUGGGAUCCUGUGCGAGCCGGCGGGAGCCUGGCUCUUUCAUCUUCGGUGCGCGCUUCCACCCAGUCACUGGCCGACCAAUGCUGUGUCAGUAUCCAGGAGGCUUUGCCCAGCGCCGUCUUCUAUUCUAAUAAUUCGGCUUAUGUUGAAGAAGAGAGCACGUAUUAUUCCGCACAACAGGCCGCUUUGACCCCGGCAUGCCGUGUCGCCCCGACUUCAUCGGAUGAUGUCUCGCAGAUCAUGAAGGUGGCUAUUAGCACGGGUUGUUUGUUCGCUGUGCGCUCUGGCGGGCACAUGAACUGGAACGGAUCGUCGAAUAUCGACGCGUCCGGGUUCACGAUCGACAUGGAGCAGAUGAGCACGGUCUCCCUGGCCUCAGACCAGAAGACCGCCACAGCGCAGUCCGGCGCUGCAUGGUCCAAGGUAUAUGACCUACUGACCCCGCUCAACUUGACGGUCGUUGGGGGCCGUGCUUCAACAGUCGGCGUGGGAGGGUUCCUCGUGGCUGGUGGUAUCAGCUUCUUGAGUUAUCAGCACGGCCUGGCGAACAAUUACAUCGCACAAUACGAGAUCGUCCUGGCCAAUGGCACAAUUGUAAACGCUUCUGCGACCGAGAACACCGAUCUCUAUUGGGCGAUGGGUCUCGGCUCCACGAACUACGGUAUCGUCACCAGUUACAUCUUGGAGACCUUCCCUCUGGAUGGCAUGUGGGGCGGAACCGUUGGCCUCAACAUUUCCCAGGCGCCGGAAGUGAUGGACUAUUUGGCCAACUUCACGCUGAAGCUGAAUGACGACCCCGAGGGCUUGUCGGCGGUCACUUUGGCUUGGAACCCCGAUGUGCAGGAUUACGAUCUAUUUAUUUCCAACGCGUAUCUUCAUCCAGAGAGCUUCCCUCCUUUGUUUUCCGGCCUGGAAGAAUUUGUGCCGUCAGCAACGACCAACACGCUUGCGGUUACUAACAUCACCUCUUUAACUGCUGCAUUUGCCGCCGGGGACCCUUCGGGCUUCCGGACUAACUGGUGGACCCUGACCUUCGAUGCCGAUGCUCAAAUAGUUCUCGACGUGUUUGAUUACGGCAAGCAGCUCUUUGCGGAUCUGGUGACCACCAACGGCACGCAAUGGAGCCUUGACAUCCAGCCUAUCGACCAGAAGUUCAUCCAGGCUACCCAGGCUGGAAACAACCCUUCGGGACUGUCUGGCGAUAACCUGUUCCUCAUCCUGGAGCAUGUCAUUUGGACCGACCCCUCGCUUGACGAUGAGGUCCAUUCCAAGGCACAGCAAUUUCUGGACUACGCGCAGAAUCUGGCCAGCCAACGCGGAGUGCUCAACCAAUGGUUGUACCUCAACUAUGCGGACGGAAGCCAGCCGAUCUACGAGCAGAUCGGCGACUCGAACCUGGAGCGUCUGCAGCAGGCAAAGAGUGCAUACGACCCGAGUAACCUCCUGGGACAGCUGUGGAGGGGAGGGUUCAAGUUGCCGCAAUAG